UGCUAGGUGUACGAGUUAUUAACCUUUGGGACUCAAUCACUCCAUAAGCUCCAGCCAAAAACCCUAUUCCAUAGGCGAGAAAGUGAAGAGCCACUCUUCAAUAAUUCGGAUUAACUACAAAGAUAGAUCUUUCCAAUCUUAAUCGUUUCCCAACAAUUACUCUUGAUUCUUUGGGUACAAUCAACAAUUACUCUUUUAAUAUUAGAGUAAUUAAGAUCUAACUUUUAUAAAAGUCUGAUGAUUUGAUUAUCUGUGACUAUAUUUUAGGUUUUUUUUUUUUUGUUCGACAUUAACCAAUACCAAUAACUUGAAGUCUACGCUUGCAAGGGAAAGGCCAGCCAUGGAGACAGGUGACUGGAGAACCCAAUUGCAGAGUGAUUCCCGACAAAGAAUUGUGAACAAGAUAGUGGAUACUUUUAAGAAGCACCUUUCAUUUGGUGGGGAAGAGGUAAAUCAACUCAGAAAAAUUGCUGUCAGAUUUGAAGAAAAGACUUAUACUACAGCAAGUAGCCAGUCGGAUUAUCUAAGGAGAAUAUCUUUGAAGAUGCUUACGAUGGAGGUCAAGUCUCAGAACACUGCAAACAAUUCUGGCAAUUGUAGCAAUCUCCGUGAUCCAGGUUCCCAGAGCAUGCAGUCCCAUUUUCAUAGUCGAGGGCUAUCACAUCCUCUUCCAUUCUCAGGAAGUCAUUUUCAAAUAGGGAAACAGCUGUUUCAACAAAACAUUCCAAACGACACGGUAUCUUCUGGAGUUGAAAGUUCUGCUGGUUUACCAUCUGCAUUACCGUCAAUAUCUGGUUUGACCCACAUUCCCAUCCCCAAUGUUGAUGAGAAUCCCAGCAAGCAGAAGACAUCUGACAUUUCACUGAUUUCAAUUGGAAAAUCAAUUGGGCAAGAUGAACCUUCCGAUAUCUCUCCAAAUUCAUCUAGUCAAAUACAAGGACAGCAAGAGGUGCUUGCCAAACAGCAACCACAAGCUCUUCAACAGCAGUUGCUUUAUCAAAAGCAAUUGCAACAUGCUCUUCUUAAGAAAAAGUUGCAGCAGCAGCAGAUGCCUCCGUUGCAGUCAAUGAUGCCACCAGGCUUUGAGCCAAUAACACCGCAGAUGGUUAUGCAACAGAGGCAGCGGCUGCAGAUGCAGCUACAGAGGCAGCGGCAGAGGCUGUUGCACCAAAUGCAGGAACAGCACCGACUGCAGCAGCAAUAUUUGAACCAGCUUGCUAAGCAGCAGUCACCUGUAAUGAUAAAAACAAAUGAAUUGCCGCAGCUGCAUCAGAUGGAUGAUAUAAAUGACAUGAACAUGAGACAGGGAAUAGGCGUUAAUCCUGGGGUUCUUCAAGCAAAUCUCCCAACUGGCCAACUUCCAGCUUAUCUAUCAUUUACUCCUAUUCCAACUGAACUUCUUAGUUAUAGACGGGUAAUAGUUGGUUGUUUUUUGCUCGUAAUACACCCUUCUUCCACAAAUUAUCUAUUUCGAUAUUGUUUUACAUAUAUGCAACAAAAUCAUGUAUUCGUAUGCAUGGAACAAUUUUCUUCGCUUAUUCUCCUUCCUCCAAAAAUUUCCUUUUUUCUGACGUGUGCACGGUUUAUUUAUCUUUUUAUAGCAUCUUUAGAUUCCACAGCUCAAACAGGACAUGCAAAUGGGGAUGAUUGGCAAGAAGAGGUCUAUCAGAAGAUCAAGAUCAUGAAGGAGAUAUAUUUACCUGAAUUAAAAGAGAUUUACCAGAAAAUUGUUGCCAAGAUGAAGCAGCAUGAUUCUCUUGCACAGCAGCCAAAGUCAGAGCAGCUUGAGAAGUUGAAAAUAUUCAAGAUCUUAUUGGAGCGGAUUAUAGUUUUCUUAUCAGUUCCCAAAGCCAGUAUCGUACCCACUUUCAAGGAUAAGUUGAGUUUGUAUGAGAAGCAUAUAAUAAAUUUUAUAAAUGCCAAUAGGCCAAGGCAGCCUGGCUCAGCACUGCAGCAAGGACAGCUUCCUCCGCCUCAUAUGCAUUCCAUGCCACAGCCACAACCUCAAAUUAAUCAGACUCAGUCUCAUGAUAAUCAAAUGAACCCUCAGUUGCAGUCAAUAAAUUUACAAGGUUCUGUGCCUACAACACAAGCAAACAACAUGACAAGUUUACAGCAUAAUUCUUUGCCUUCUUUACCUGGGGUUGCGACAGAGCAGCAGACCAUGUUAAAUUCACUGCAGCCCCGUUCCAAUUUGGAUGCAGGACAACGUAAUGCCCUAGGCUCAAUGCAGCUGGCUGCUGCAGGACCUUUACAACAGAAUCCUGUGAGUUCCUCCCAACACGCAAAUAUUAACAUUUUAUCUCCACAAAGUGGCUUAAGUGUCCUGCCGCAAAACAUGAAUCCUCUUCAGUCAAAUUCCAACAUACUUCAGCACCAGCAUAUAAAACAACAGUUGGAACAGCAAAUGCUGCAGUCACAAAUGUACAAACAACAGUUUCAACAGUGCCAGAUGCAGCACCAAUAUAUGCAGCAGAAGCCGCAGCUACUGCAACAACUACAGCAACAGCAACAAAAGCAGCUGCAUCAAACGGAUGAUAUAAAUGACGUGAACAUGAGACAGGGAAUAGGUGUUAAUCCUGGGGUUCUUCAAGCAAAUCUCUCAACUGGCCAACUUCCAGGAUAUUCAUAUGAGCAUUCAAAACCUAGUGCCCAGUUUCUUACAUCUUCACCCCUACUCUUUGAGGCUCCAUUUGUCCCACCUACUUCAACCCUGUUGAGUCCAUAUCCGACGCCUGAGAACUCUGAGAAAUCCAUUUAUGGCGCUUCCUUUCUGUCAAAUAACAAAAAUAUUAGUCAGCAGCAAGCAAGAUCUGAAUGCCCUGCACCUGACACACCUGGUAAUGGUAUGUCAACAUCACAUUUGCUUGCAGGGUUCGAAAAUGCUAAUGAUACUCACAGUAAUGCUUUAACAACUGAUUUUGGCGAGUCGAAGGUUACAGAACAGCCCCAUGAUCCCGGAGUUACCAUGGUUAGCGAAGCGUUAUUAAUUUUCAUUUUCACAUGCUCUGUUUUCAAUUUUCUCCUUUGGCUUGAUAUGUUGUUAGUGUGCUUUGGAAUUGAUGUCGGUCUAUUACUAUUUUAUAAGUUUCAGGCAAAACCCAUGUCACUUAAAUCAUUGGAGGCAUCUGUUGUCACCAUGGUUGAUGAGGCAGCCACAGCAGUCGGUGUGGAUAUGGCCGCCAUGAACAAGGGUGGUCUGCAUCCAAGAAAUUUCUUUCCACAAACUGGAAUGACUGGAGUUGAGAAAAUGAGAUACCACAUGAGUGCUUUUGUGUUUGCUUAUUUAAAGGUUUUUGAACUUGUUUACAUGCUUAUCAAACAUAGUAGGUUUUUGAACAAGAUUGGCUCUGUUAAAUUCCAAACUUUACCACGAAUUUUCGAAGCGGAUCUCUCUUGGGAGCUCUUCUUUGAGGUAAAAAUUUCAAAUUUUUAUAGGUUUUACGGUUCUGUUGCCUUAAUUUCCUCGAAAAUCUUACCUGGGAUUAUGUUUUUGACUGAGGCUCAACCUUUUAACCUGAUGUGCUUGUCUAGUGGUGAAAGUAGUGGUGUUUUAGUGAGUUACAGUCCUCCUCAGGCGUAUGACCAAUGGCCUAGGACAGAGAGAAAAAUCGGAAUCUUAAAAGCCUUGGUGUCUGAAUUUCGUGUCAAGAGAAGGGAGGUGUUUGUUGAAAAGAACUUUGCCAAAUGUUUUGCAUAUUUGAGUAGCGAUUUAUGUCCAAACUAG